ACCACCUCUGAGCCUGAGAUGUUGCCAUUCCCAGAGAUCCGCCUCUCCAACGGGCCCAGCCGCUGCCAGGGCCGUCUGGAGAUCCUCUACAACGGCUCCUGGGGCACCGUGUGUGACGACGACUGGGACAUGGUGGAUGCCAACGUGGUGUGUCGCCAGCUGGGCUGUGGCCAUGCCAUCACCCUGCCCGCUGCCAUGACCUUCGGCCAGGGCACCGGGCCCAUCUUCCUGGACAACGUGGACUGCAAGGGCUCAGAGGCGGCCCUGAGCGAGUGCUGGAGCCACGGCUGGGGCAUCCACAACUGCUACCACUAUGAGGAUGUGGCUGUGGUGUGCAAUGGUAAUGACGAGUUCUCACCCACGCAAGUCAGCGAAGGACCGACCACCAGGACCCUCACAGCCUCGGUACAGGAUGGGGAAAGUGAUGGCAGCAUCCGCCUGGUGGCCGGCCCCGACACCUGCCAGGGCCGGGUGGAGAUCUUCUACCGCGGCAGCUGGGGCACCGUGUGCGAUGACGACUGGGGCCUGAGCGAUGCCAGCGUGGUCUGCAAGCAGCUGGGCUGUGGGCAAGCCCUGGAUUACAAGAGCAAUGCCUACUUUGGCUAUGGAACAGGACGGAUCCUCCUGGACAAUGUCAACUGCGACGGCAGCGAGCCCUUCCUGUCUGCCUGCUACAGCCUGGGCUGGGGCAUCCACAACUGCGGCCACCACGAGGAUGCCGGGGUCAUCUGUGCAGGACUGGACACAUCCACCAUCACAUCAUUCACCACCUCGCUGGCCCUGGACUCUGAGGAGACCCUUACAGCCACGGCCACAGCAGUGACAGACAGCAGGGACCAGCCCUCCCAGGCCACUGAGGUGGUCACCACCACGCUCCUGACCGUCGAGCAGGAAAGUGGCGGCUUGCGGCUGGCAAACGGCAACGGGAGCUGCCGCGGGCGGGUGGAGGUGCGGCACGGCGGCACCUGGGGCACCGUGUGCGACGACGACUGGGACUUCCCCGACGCCCAGGUCGUUUGCCGGCAGCUGGGCUGCGGCAGCGCCCUGGCCGCCACCGUGCUGGGCUCCUUCGGCUACGGCAGCGGGCCCGUGCUGCUGGACAACGUGGGCUGCGGCGGCGGCGAGGCGCGCCUGGCCGACUGCUUCCACCUGGGCUGGGGACAGCACAACUGCGGCCACCACGAGGACGCCGGCGUCAUCUGCCGAGGUGCUGAUGACACUGAUGACCAUUUCCAAGAGGCCACUGCUACAACCACCACGUUGGCCCCAACUCGUCCCAAGGAGGGGUCCCUGCGCCUGGUGAACGGCAGCCACCGGUGCGAGGGGCGCGUGGAGAUGUUCUACCUGCACCAGUGGGGCACCGUGUGCGACGACGCCUGGGACCUGCGGGAUGCCAAGGUGGUGUGCAGGCAGCUGGGCUGUGGGCACGCCCUGGCAGCCUGGGGGGAGGCUCACUAUGGCCAAGGAACCGGCUACAUCUUCCUGGACAACCUCAAGUGCAAGGGCCACGAGCCCUCGCUGCUGCGCUGCUCCCACAUCCGCUGGGACGUCCACAACUGCGACCACUCCGAGGAUGCCGGUGCUGUCUGUGACAUCCUAUGACCCUCCCGCAGCUCAGGUGGAAAGACCCAGCCUGCAGCACCAGUCACCUUCACCACCAAGUGUUUGAUUCCUACUGGGACACUGGGAAAAGGAUUUCCAUGUUCUCAUGGAUGGGGUUCAAGGGUGGGGAAGGGCUCCUGCAGUGGCACAGAGCUCACUCCUCUGUCUGUGCAA